CGGAAAUAUCACACAGCAUCGAGUCUGGAAUUGCGAAUGCAUUCAAAGCCAUGACAGCAUCUGCGACUUUCUUUAAAAACAUCCCUACUCUAGGACAUCUCUACCGCCUCGGCCUUCGAGCUUCCAACAAUCCUCCCUUCAACCCUUCAACCAUUCUAAACGACAAAAUCUCAAUAUGGAACGGCGACCUCACCAAAAUCAAAACCCAUGCAAUCGUCCACGCCGGCUCGAGAUCCCUCCUCGGCAAACACACCCUCUCCGCAGCACUCUACGACGCCGGCGGUAAACUCCUUCUGGAAGAUACCCGCCGCCUAAUGGGCGUCAAAAUCGCUGAAGCAAAGGUAACACGCGUCCACUACCCUUCUAUGUUGAUCGCAGCAAAUUGGAUCAUCCACACCUCCGGACCGAGAUAUUACGACGAGUGGGGUGAUGCCGAAGAAGAUGCGCCGAGGUUGUUGAAGGAGUGCUAUGUGAAUUGUAUGGAGAAGGCGAUGGAGGUUCGGGCUACGAGUAUUGCGUUUCCGGCGAUCAGUACGGGGAGACUGUAUUAUCCUAUUGAUGAGGCAGCGGAUGUUGCGUUGGAGGCGGUGAGGGGGAUGUUGGAGAAAUACGAGGACAAGUUCGAGCGCAUUGUGUUUUGCUGUUACCGGAAUUCGGUUGAAGAUGCAUACCUGAAAGCUGUAUCGAAAUACUUCCCCCCGACGGAAGAUCAAAGGAACGCAAGUGGAGCCGUUGCAAAGGAAGCUCUGCGCGAUGUGAAGGGAAAUGAACACCAUGGAGACAGGCAGCCUGCGCAAUACCGUGGCCGGAGACACCCUAAGGAACACAUUUCGCCAUUCACCGACUCCGAGGAAAAAUAAGAAUUGACAAUACACACCCUCCUACACCUACUACACCUUAUGGUCAUGGACCAACUGUCCAUCCCUCCCCUCCCUCCAAUCCCCACUCUUCCCGCCCCUCUUCUCCACGACC